UAUGGACGUAAUAGUAAAAGGAGCUUCGGAUGUCGAAACAAGGAAGGACAAAGAUGUCCAUCAGGUGAAGCGAAAGCAUUAUGCAGAGGUUGAUAUGAGAAAGGCAAGGAUGAAUCUCAGCUGGCAAUGGCUAUCACGGCCUAAAGUUGACAUAGACUAUGAGACCACAAGAGUUUGGGCAUUAUUAAAUGAAUUUGGGAGCGAAUGUGCAGAAAAAGAAAUUGAAAGAGAUAUUGACAAGAAAAGAUAUUGGGAAGAAGAAAGGAAGCGUUUCCACGAACAGACACUUUCUUUUGUCACGAAAAUGCGUCGUGUCCAAGGGGAUCGAUGUUUUAUGGAGUGGAAAGGUUCUGUUGUGGACUCAGUAGUCGGAGCAUUUCUAACACAAAACGUGUCAGACAAGAAUUCCAGCUCAUCCUUCAUAGCACUUGCUGCAAAAUUUCCGAAUAGAAAGAUGCAAAAAGAUUAUCAUCACAUUUGCCCAGAGAGCAGGAAAAAAAAGGCGCGAAGAGGCGCAAAUUCAAGAGGAAUAAAGAUGUGUGAAGAUAAUGACAAGAAAAUGUACUGGGAAAGUGUAAGAAACUUAUACUCUAGAGGGAGACACAAAGAAAAAAAUCCUAGGCCUUUAGAAUCUUUGGAUUGGGAGGCGGUGAGCCAAGCCGAUACAGCUUUUUUAGCUAAAAUUCUAAUGAGCAGAGGCAUGCACGAUAAACUCGCAGAAAGAAUACAGGGGUUUCUUCAUAGACUGUGUAGAGAUCAUGGGAGUAUCGACCUUGAAUGGCUAAAGAACGUCCCACCAAACCUAGUAAAACAAUUUCUGCUGACAAUAGAAGGGCUGGGACUGAAAAGCGUGGAAUGCAUACGUCUUUUGAGCCUCAAGCAACCUGCCUUCCCAGUUGACACAAAUGUGGGCCGCAUAGUGGUCCGCCUUGGAUGGGUCCCCCUUCAACCGAUGCCGGAGACAUUCCAACUACAUCUCUUGCAAAAAUACCCUGCAGUUGACGACAUCCAGAAGUACCUCUGGACGCGGCUCUGCCAUCUUGACCAUCGGACAUUAUAUGAGCUGCAUUAUCAUAUGAUCACCUUGGGAAAGGUUUUCUGCACAAAAACGCAACCGAACUGCAAUGCUUGUCCACUUAGAGAUGAAUGUAAACACUAUGGAAGCAGAAAUGAGGGUUCAAGCAUUCUUCCACAAAGGUCUAGUUAUCCUCCAAACGGAGCUGGUUCCAGGAGAACUGACGUCUGCAUUGAGGACAUUGAGGACAUUAUGGUAGAUCCAAAACAUCGUGUGAACGAGUUGUUGCUAAAAGAGACAAGACCUCCUCUCAUGCCCAAAGUGAAGCACAACGUUUCAAGGAUGACAUUCCCAGUUUUUGAGCUACCAGAUUCUCACCCCCUUCUAGAAGGACUAUGCAGGCGAGAAAUUGACGAUGCAUAUCCAUACCUGCUUGCUAUAUGGAAACCAGGAUUCCUGUCUGAAAGGAAUACCAGGAGCUUCGGUAACGAUAUGGACAGACAUAGUUCUGACACUGUUCAAGGAACGAUAUUGGUACCAGUGCGCACAGCUUUACGCGGCAACUUUCCGUUGAAUGGGACAUAUUUCCAAAUCAAUGAGGUGCUUGCUGAUGAUGGCUCAAGUAGAAUCCCGGUUAAUGUUCAAGUGGACCUGAUAAAAAACUUGACAAGACGGACAUUGUAUUGUGGAGCCUCGGUUUUGUCGAUAUGUAGAGGAUUAUCACCAGAAGAGGUGACAGAUUGCUUUCUGCGAGUGCCAGAAAAAAAGGAGGCUUUUGUGGUGGACUGUCAUCAUUUGAAUGGUGGAAGGAUCACUAGGGGUAUCGAUCACUCGAGACAAACCCAGGACUGGGGAUUCGAAGCUUUUUAUUCAUGCUUUGUAUAGAGUUUAAAGAUUUCUGCUACUUCUAAGGAUGUGUUCGUGUUAAAUAGUGGAAUAAUUGGAAUUUUGUCUGGAAAGUCGGUAGAAAAGAAGAUUGAUGG